ACUGGAAGAGCAAUUAAAAUGUGAAGUUGAGUAGUGUGAUAGUUUGUUGCUUUAGGCGAUUUCUGUUCCUGCGGUUUGUGUGAUUUCUCUUUCCUGUUUGGUUUGAGGAUCACAAUGCUGAACAAGAUAAUGAAAAGGGGGCAGAGGAAGUCCUGGAAAUCUGAAGCAAUAGAGGCCCCCAUAUCCCAGUCGUCGUCUGCUUCUAGUGUGACUGUCAAUCAUGCAUCUCGACUGGCCUCUGCAACACCUCAGCAUGUGACCCUUUCCAACAUCCCGCCGAACCCGGGUACUGUUGAUGUUUUGCCUAUGUUAAGGGAUGUUCCAAUGGCUGACCGGCACAAUCUAUUCAUUCGGAAACUUCAAAUAUGUUGUUUCCUAUUUAAUUUUACUGAUCCGACUAAGUCUGUGCGGGAGAAGGAGAUCAAGAGGCAAACUCUGGCAGAACUCGUUGACUUGGUGCAGUCGGGAUCGUGUAAAAUGAAUGAGGUGAUGCAGGAGGAAUUAAUGAAGAUGAUAUCUGUGAAUAUUUUCCGGUGUUUGCCACCGGCUGCACAUGAGAACACUGGCUCAGAGGGUGGAGAUCCUGAGGAAGAUGAGAUGUUCAUGGACCCUUCGUGGCCGCACUUGCAAUUUGUAUAUGAUUUACUUUUAAAGUAUGUGGUGUCAUCAGAAACUGACACUAAGAUUGCCAAGAAGUAUCUUGACCACUCGUUCGUACUUAAAUUGCUUGAUUUGUUUGAUUCAGAAGACAUGAGGGAGCGGGAGUAUUUGAAGACAAUUCUUCACCGCAUAUAUGGGAGAUUUAUGGUUCAUAGACCCUUUAUACGGAAUGCGAUAAACAACAUUUUUUAUCAGUUCAUAUUUGAGACCGAGAGGUACAAUGGGAUUGGUGAGCUUUUGGAGAUUCUCGGAAGUAUAAUUAAUGGGUUUGCACUGCCAAUGAAAGAAGAACACAAGUUGUUCCUUGUACGGGCACUUAUUCCACUGCACAAGCCUAAAUGUAUUUCUUUAUACCAUCAGCAGUUGUCCUAUUGUAUAACACAGUUUGUUGAGAAGGAUUACAGAUUGGCUGAUACUGUCAUUAGAGGAGUGCUGAAGUUUUGGCCAGUCACAAACUGUGGUAAGGAAGUUCUCUUCCUUGGGGAACUAGAAGAGAUUUUGGAGUUUACACAGCCUGCAGAGUUUCAGCGCUGCAUGGUACCUCUGUUUAGACAAAUUGGACGAAGCCUCACUAGCUCACAUUUCCAGGUAGCUGAACGGGCUCUUUUUUGGUGGAACAAUGAGCACAUAGUAAGUCUGAUUGCAGAAAAUCGGAGCGUUAUUUUACCUAUCAUAUUUGAUGCGCUAGAAAAGAACAUACGAGGCCACUGGAACCAGGCAAUCAUUGGCUUGAGCUCCAAUGUCAGGAGAAUGUUUCUAGAGAUGGAUCCCGAGUUAUUUGAAGAAUGUCAGAUGCAGCAUGACGAAAAGCAAGCAAGAGCUGGAGAACUUAAACACAAUCGUGAGUUAACUUGGAAGAAAUUGGAAGAGGUUGCUUCUCAAGUUACUGGAGAAGAAAGCAUGAUCGUCAUUUAGUGGAAUUGAAAAACAUACAACUGAGGAUGAUUGUGAAACAAUUUCCGCAGUCAGUGGCAAAGCUCCUUCACUUCUUAAGAAGUAGGAGCAGCUCAUGGGAAUCAAAAUGAUUGGAAGGAAAAAACCUACAAAAUUGAGGUCAGUAUGCUACUCUGCUUCACACAAAUGCCAUUCUCUUGUGCUUGUACUUUGCAACAUUUCAUUUUAUUUUCCAUCCUAAUAAUGAUAGUUUUUGUAAUCUAUAA